GCACGCUCACACGUACACACCAGCCACCGUCGCUCACGCAACAACGAUGUCCGUUUUCCCGGGACUCUGUGGUGAGCUCGCCCCCACCAACUACCGCGUCUUUCUCGGAACGCUACCGACGCUUGCUAUUGAGGAACGCUUUCUGCGUCAGGUGCAGGCGGUGUUUCCGUGGUACGCGUCACGCAAGCACGUGAAGGAGCAGGCGAGCGAGUUCCUCGAGGUCGACCUCGCCUCCUGUGAUCCGGAGCUGCUCCUCCGCUACACUCACGUUUACUACGCCCGCCGGCAGAUCUAUGACGAGCUGGUCGACCGCCAGCUGACGCUGAUCGAGACCGGUAAGAUGGCUAAGGUGGCAGACAGCGCGCUGCUCAACUGCUUAACGGAGGUGAAUGCGGCGGUGACACCUCGGCUGCACUACGAGCUGCAUGCGCUGCAGCACGCCAAGAAAGGCUGUCGGGUUCCGCUGCGCCGGGAGCUAAGUCCGGAUACCCCGCUCGAAUCGCACGAUCUUCUGUGCAUGAUGCGCGUGGUGGAGGAGGACGCCUGUGCGGUGCCCGACGCGGAGAUGCAGGCCCGCGCAUACCUGCCGCGUGACCUCUUGGAGACGAAGGCAAAGGAGUUGGCAGGAUUGCUCUUUGCCGGGUCGUCAUCUGCCUCCUCCUCGUCUUCGUCGUCUUCUUCAUCCACCUCCAAGAAGAACGCUGGUCUUACCCUGGACAAGAAGGACCAGAAGCUGCUGCAACGCAUGAUCCCGGGCGAUUACAGCAAGGUUGGCAGUGUGGAGAAGCUGAGGCCGGUGGAUGUGACGACGCUCUACCGCUUCUUUGGCGAGCGCUUGAGCGGGCAGCCCGCCGACAAGUUCUUUGCCCGCUCCAUGUGGGCCCACGUCUUCCGGAAGGCGGCGACCCAUCCCACCUACCUGCGCCGCGCCUCCCUCUACUGGGCACGGCACAACGGUCUCGACCGGCAGUCCGCUUCGUCGACGAUGCCGGCAGACAUCGCCGCGGCGGUGUGCACGCAGCAGCGCCUCUUCCCCGCCCUGAAGUUCCGCUCGCAGUACCUCUACACCUCGCCUGACAUGGCGCGUCAGCAGUGGAGAGCCGAUCACGUGAUUCCUCUUCUUCGUCUGUUCCCCUUGCUCGGCGCGCCUGCCGCGGAAGAUCUCGCGGCGCAGAUGGUGGUGGAAGGGGAGUGGGCCAAGCUGGGCAUCGCAGACGACGCGGAUCUUCUCCAAGACACCACGCUGCGCAGCUUGAGGGACAUGGUGGAGCAAGCGAGCAGCCUCUACGAGUCAAACAUCGAUGCGGUGUUGAAGCGUGUGGAGGAGGGCGCUAAGGUUGUCUGCCCUCCGUUGUCCGAGCAGGAGUCGUUGACGAUGCGUGCGGCUGAUGGAGACGGUGCUGCAACCGAGGCAGCGGCGACGGUGUCUGCCUAA